AUGGCGGGAACUGAUGGUACAGUAGUUCCUGCGGAAUUGAUAAAGGAGGAAGCACCUGCCGAGUAUGUGACGCGCUUCUGGCGUGCCAAUGCAUCAGCUUUCAUGCACUGGUUUCUAGCACUUCCCUAUGCCGGACAAGUAUCUCUUGUGCGCAAUGCGGCGCCUGAUAUUCCCGUGUCCUACGAUCUCAAGGCCACACAACCGCAAGCGACACAGCUCCUCACACCCGAACUGACACUCGAGGCAUUGCUAGGAGAGAAUGGAAAGGUGCUGCUGCGACUCAUGAACGCACGUGCUACGAAGGCGGAUCAAUGCAGUCGCCAUGAUCUCGUAUAUUUGACGUCGUUGCGUGCGGCUGGUACCAUGCCCACGUUCUCGGGCGAGACAUUUGCACACGUAUCGUUGGCCUUCAUUGACCUUGCGGAUCCAGAGCACAAUGUUCAGUCUUUGCUACCGUCGGCAUCGCUAGAAAUUGUAGAGGAAAAGCAAGCUCUGAUCAAGCAGGGCAAACUGAUGGAGGCGGACGUGUGGCUCACGCUGCAAAUGCGACAGCAGGUUAUUCUCACGUUCUUGAGUAACGUGGCACACACAUUUGAAACGAUGUUUCUCAAGCAGGUGAUGAUAGGUGAGGUAAGCGCAGCGGAAAUUGGAUGUCGAUACUGUGGUAUUUCUACGCGUCAGGUGAAAGAAGAAGAAGAAGGGACGACGACGUUGUUGCAAUGUGCUUGCAAGACAGCUUUCUACUGUUGCAAGGAACAUCAAGAAGAGGACUGGAUCAACCAUAAGACGAGUUGCAAGGCGAUUCGGAAAGAGAUGGCUGCUGUAGAGGAAGAGUCUCCAUAG